AUGACCCGCAUCCUGAGUGAGACUUCAGGUCCUCCUUGGGCAACAAAUGAGGGUGCCGCCAUUGCCGCCCUGUUUGAGUCCCGUGUAGCUGCAGGGAGGCGGGUGGUUGCUUGGCCGGGGUCGCUGUGCCUCCAGCUGACUGUAGGCCCUUUAGGAGGAACACUGCUCACGUCCCAAGCAGGAAAUGGGAAAACCGAGGAAGAAAAUAUAGAAGAUUACCAAAAUAUUAGGAGAAAUCUGAGCACUCUCGUGGUUGAAGGAUUCUAUGAAUUUGAACGUGGUAUUCAGUAUAGACAAACACACCAACAGACUCAAGAACAUACUGUAAAUAAGUACAUACCUCAUGGAAUAGUAGUAUAUGGAAACAGUGCAUGUGAAAGGGAUGCCAUUGGUCUCUCACAGUCAGAUGUGCACCUUAGAGUUCCAACUGUAGAGAAACCCUAUGAGCAUCAGAAAUGUAUGGAAAAGCCUGUUGUGAAGCAUAAGAAAUGUUGGAAAGAUUUUGCAUAUUCUGAGUCUUUUCUUACCCAUGAGAAUUCUUCCAAAGAGAAAGCCUGUGGAAAUAAACAAUCUAACGACCCCUACAGGAGUCUCACUUCUGAUCAAGACUAUAAGACAACACAUCCAGGAGAUGACCUCCAUGAAUUCAGGCAACUUGAAACAGCUCUCGUGACAUGUAGUUAUGUUCAGUCAUACGAAAGAAUCCAAACUGGAGAAAAACCCUUUGUGUGUAAGCAGUGUGGAGAAGCCUUUGUUAAUUCCAGUCACCUUAUCAAACAUUAUAAAAUUCAUACUAGAGAGAAGACGUUUGCAUGUAAAUACUGUGGGAAGGCUUUCAUGCAUCCAAGGGCCUGUUAUAACCAUGAACGGACUCACACAGGAGACAGGCCUUAUGUAUGUAAGCAAUGCGGGAAAGCAUGUAUUCAUUCUUACCACCUUCUCCAACAUGAAAGAAGUCACACCCGAGAAAAACUUUAUGCAUGUAAGCAGUGUGGGAAAGUAUUCGGACGUUCUUCAUACCUUCGCAAACAUGAAAGAAUUCACACUGGAGAGAAACCUUAUUUAUGUAAGCACUGCGGGAAAGCCUUCAGUGACCCCACAACCCGUAACAAUCAUGAGAGAACUCACACUGGAGAGAAGCACUAUGUGUGUAAGCAGUGUGGGAAAGCCUUCAUUCGUUCCUCUCAGCUUCUGAUCCAUGAACGAAUUCACACUGGAGAGAAACCUUACUCCUGCAAACACUGUGGGAAAGCCUUCACCUAUUCCAGUGCCUGUUACAUUCAUGAGAGGAUUCAUACUGGAGAGAAACCCUAUGUGUGUAAGCAGUGUGGGAAAGCGUUUACAUGUUCCACAUACCUUCACAAACAUGAAAGAAUUCACACCGGAGAGAAACCUUAUUCAUGUAAGCAGUGUGGGAAGGCCUUCAUCCAGCAUAGGGCUUGUUACAAUCAUGAAAGAAUUCACAGUGGAGAGAAACCCUAUGUGUGUGUUCAGUGUGGACAUGCAUUCACGUUUUCAAAACCCUCCAAAUACAUGAAAGAAACCACACUGGAGAGAAACCAUAUGUAUGUAAGCAGUGUGGGAAAGCUUUCACAUGUUCUACAUAUCUUCACCAACAUGAAAGAACUCACAGUGAAAAGAAAUCCAGUGGAUAGAACUUAGACCAAUGUAAAUCGCUUGAGAGUCUUUGAAUCCAGCUUGCUGUUGUUGCAAGCAAGGAAGGAAGUAUGGAGAGAAACAAAGAGAAUAUGAGCAAUUGUGUAAUUUUUACUUACAUUGCAAGUACACAUUGGAUAAAAACCUGUUGUGCCAGGUUUGUUGGUGUGUGCCUUUUAUUCCAGCACUAGGGCAAUGGAAGUUUCGAGGAUUACAACAUUCAAUAAACCUUAGGCUACCUGAAAGGUUUGAGCACUGCUUGGGAGAUUUAAGAUGUACCAUUUCUAACCAAAUGAAAUUGUCAUUGUACAAAAUAAAAGAAAAUUUUAAAUUAGAGUCAUUACAUUUUUCCAUGUAAUUCAAUAUUGUAUAAGCAAGAAAUGUGAAGAAACAGGCAAUGUUUUUACAAACUAUUACUGAAAACCUGAAAUACACUAAAAACUAUAAUAAAUGAUUUUAUUUUUGUUCCAUUCUUAAGCAUAUACUUAAAAAUAACUGAAAAACUUUUAAAGUAUGGUUUGGCAAAUAAAAUAACUUUGGCAUUAUUUCACCUGCCUGUUUUCUUCAGUGGCUGGAAAACUGGGGCAGGACAAGAACUUAAGUCCACAGUUGAAAAUGCCCAGGACACACUGCAAGGAACGACAAUAAUAACUGUAUAAAAAGCUACUUGAAUGUUGGUGAUAAAAAUCUGUUUGGGCUGGGCUGUGGUGGCACAUGCCUUUAGUCCCAGCACUUGGGAGGCAGAGGCAGGCAGAUUUCCGAGUACACAGAGAAACCCUGUCUCCAAAACAAAAACAAAAACAAAACAAAACGUCUGUUUGGUAAAUUAAUUGACUUUUAACUUAAUGGCUGCUGUUUUUUAAAACAACUAAUGUAAGUUUCUUUAGUUAAAAGACUGUAUUGGAUUUGUUAAUUUCAGAUGUAUUUGUAAUCACCCAGUAUAUUUAAAUUUUAGAUAUAUUUUGAGGAAUCAUGUUUCCUGUAAAGUUAUCAAUUUAUAGAAUGUUGUUAGUAUUUUUCUGGCUGUUAUUUUAUGGCAUGUUCUUUUUUGAGAAUAUUGUUAAUUAUUAAUUACUUUGCAGUUUUCUUACAUCUAGGUGCAUACUUGGAUUUUCUCAGAGUAACAUUCUUAUAUAGAUUUUAUAUUUUGUACUUUUAAUGUAUAUUUUCUUCCAAUGAGUUUUUGGUAUUUUAUUAUUUAUUUUCUACAAGUGUGUUUUGUGUGUGGUGUGUGUGUGUGUGUGUGUGUGUGUGUGUGUGUGUGUGUGUGUAUCUGCCACAGCACAGGUAUGGAGAAUAUUUGAGAGUCGCUUCCCUAUCAGGCUUCCUUAGCAAGCACCUUUCCUCAUUGAGCCUUGUCAUCAGCCCCAAAUAUGACUUUUGUCCUGUUGGGGCUUUUUUGUUUUGUUUUGUUUUGUUUUGUUUUGUUUUGUUUUGAGACAUAGUCUCUCCAGGAACUCACUAUGGAGACCAGACUGGCCUUGAAUUGCAGAAAUCUGCCUGCCUAUCUGCCUCCCACGUGCUGAAAUUAGAAAAGUGUAUGUGCCACUAUGCCUGGCUGAUUUUCAUACAUUUUUUUCCCCCUUUUACAUUCUUUAGCUGUUUUCUAGUAAGUAGAUUAAAGAAUGUUAACUUUCCCGUUGACUGAGAAGGGACCUUCAGUUACCCUUUCUUAUUCAACAUAGUUUAAAAUUGAAUUAUCUUUAUAUGUUAAAACCAAUUGUCACGUUGAAGAGUUUGAAACUGAUGUGUAACAUGUAAUUUUUACCUUAUGCUUAUGUUGUUCAACUUUUAUUGCAAGUUUUUCAUUGUUCAUCAAAACAAGUAUGCCACGCUGAUAUAAAUAGUCUUCUGGUCAAAAAUAAGUAAGACCGUACCACUCAUUCCAACAAAAUGUAUGGAUCCUAGUAAUCUUUUCCAGUAAGAUUAAUGUUGAUGUUAUUCUUCAUUAAAAGCAAUUGUUAACCUGCUUGAUACUUGUUUUAAAUGAACUGAUUGCAUUUUAAUGUAGUUUGGGGUUUCUAGCUGUUAAAAAUACCUUGUGAUCGAAUAUAAUUCUGUCUUUUGGAAUUGGUCUUACCCAGAAGGUUGUGAUAGGAAGGAAGUAUUAACUCAUGGGUACAAGUUAAUCUCAUUUUUACACGGUGGUGAUUGUGUUUUUAUGAUUCAAUAAAUUAUGUUUGAGUUUCCAGACUGAUAUCCAGGAUGUAACUAUCCUAGUUACUGAGGAGAAUUACUUACUUUUUUCAAGGGUCACUUUUCUAGGCAUUUAGACCCAAUUGUCUGGGCUUGUCUUCCCUGCUUUACUUGCUGUCAACUCAUAUUUCAUUAAAAUAUACUGAACUCUGUUUUCCAUUAAUACCAGUGCUUCCUAGAUUGCAUAAGAUUGCAUCCUGACAAGUCCUGGUAAAUGGUGAAAAAAUGAAUGAGAUGUAUAUUUAAUACAAACUGGUAAACACUAACUCUUGGCCUAUAGUGUUACAUUGCCUUAGUUACUUAGUAUAAAGUUCGUUAAAAACAUCAAA